AUGAACAAUACGAUGGCUCCCAUCAUCUAUCAAGAUGUCAAAUUGAAUCGAAAGAGGUCCGGUAAAGGCCACAAAAAGAAGGAGCUGUGCACCAACGCGCCAAUCUUUUUGAGGAUACCUGUGAUUACUCUAUUGCUUCAUGUGUCAUUGGGACAUUCGGCUCAGGCGGAUGAGAAUCCUUCGCCAUGGUUUUUUUUUACUGUUCUUGGAUGGUGGCCGACGGUCCAGAGCGAUGACGGUUUUACGUUUGUUGUGAAAGACACCGAUAAGUUUGCUUUGGAAGUCAUCCCUGAGUUCUUCAAACACAACAAUUUCUCGUCAUUUGUUCGCCAAUUGAAUUUUUAUGGCUUCCGGAAAAUCAAGUCGGACCCUCUUCGAAUCAAGGAGGCUGAAAUGAGUGAAGAAUCAAAGUUCUGGAAAUUCCGUCAUGAAAAGUUCCAGCGUGGGCGUCCUGAUCUUCUCGGGGAGAUACGCAAGUCCAAUCACAACGAGUCUGCCGAUAAGCAAGAGGUCGAGCAUCUGAAGGGGGAGGUUGAUCAACUCAGAGCGCAUCUUUCUGUGAUGAAUCGCGAAAUUGACAAACUUACAAAUGUAGUUGGUAGUCUUAUGACGAAUCACCAGAUUCAGCAAAAUUACGCAUAUGACUCGAAGAAGCGCAAGCUUGUAGAUGGUCCGGAUGCAGUCAUAUCGAACCUAGGAGGUGAAGGAGAUGUUUCGGAUUCUUUUCUGUUGGCUCCGUUGCCUGUUGAGUCGCAGUCCAGUAGGGCGGCGACGAUGAUAAGUGACCUUGUGAAGGAUCCGAACAUUGAUCCUUUUGCGAGUGAGAUCCAGCCUGCGCUCAAUCAGCCAGAUACAUACGCAGAGUCAAGAAAGGGCCCUAAUUUCACCUCGCAAGAUGAAGAAAUGCUAGCUUCUCUUUUUGCUCUUGAUCACAAUGAUGACAUCGAUGUGCUGGGGCAUAGCGCGCCAGCAGCCACGGUGUCCGGGGAAACGGGUGGCUCAAAUAGCCCGGCAGCAAAUCACGCUGACGCGCAGCUUGUAGAAAAGCUUCGUGCUUCGCUUGGCAAUCUUCCGAAAGACAUGCAAAGACUUUUAGUCGACCGAAUUGUGAAGAGUAUCGAAAGUCCCGAUCAAUUUCAGAAGCAGAUUGACGCAAUGACUUCUUUGGCGGCAACUGCGGCCAGUGAAGCACAAAGACGCCUGUUGUCGUCGGGAAAGCCCCAGACGGAUCCGAAGAGUGUUCCGCUGGCAUCCGCUGUUUUAGGGGCCUAUCUUUCAGGACUUUCUUCCGUCCCCGAUUCUAGUGAGCAGCACGCGAGAGCUUCGCCUGACAUUGCUCCUGUCGCUGAGAAUUCAUUGAUGCUGCAUUGA